AUGGAGGAACAUCAAGAUGCUCAGAACUGUUUUCCAGAACAUAACUCUUCUUGCAGAAAGGUUUUGCUAUCAACAUCGAUUUACAUAACACUGUACAUAUUCUUCUUAUCGAUUGGAGCGCUUACAGUCUUUUUGAACAUAUUGGUGGUCAUCUCUAUUUUUCACUUCAAGCAGCUCCACACUCCAACCAAUCUGCUCAUCCUUUCUCUGGCUGUGGCAGAUCUCCUGGUGGGACUGAUUGUGAUACCAGUAGGGACCGUAGCAGUAAUGGAACCAUGUUGGUUUUUGGGGAAAUAUUUCUGUGUGUUUUAUGUCUACAUCAGUUAUUUCAUUCUAUCCUUAUCUCUCGGCAAUUUGGUAUUGAUAUCUAUUGACCGCUAUGUUGCUGUGUGUGAUCCCUUAUUUUACCACUCUAAAAUAACAAUAACAAGAAUUACAUGUUGUAUAUCCAUUACAUGGUUUUGUUGUAUCAUAUACAAUGCUGCUUUUAUAAAAAUAGCUGUCAAUGUAGAAGUACCUAGAAGGUGUUUCGAAGAAUGUUUUAUUUUUGAAGAAUAUGACUGGAGUAGCAUCAUUGACCUUGUAAUUACAAUGGUUGUCCCGUGCUCUAUUAUUAUAACACUUUAUUUGAAAAUAUUUGUGGUCGCCAGAUCACAGGCCAGAAAGGAGACCAAGGUUCAGAUCCCAGCUGUGACAGAGGCAUGA